AUGGAGACUGCUAUGUCUGCCGGGUAUCCAACUAUCAAAUGGGCGACAUCUUUAGAUAUUCCUCUAAGGGCGUCCGAAGAGGUUGUGAGUAUCGACUUGGACAAUGAUUUACCAGACGAUCCCGCCGAUUUGAAGACGCUCUUGGUAGAAGAGGGUUCUGAUAAGGAACAUUGGUUGACAAUCUCGGAAGCAUAUUGCAACCAUGGUAGGACUAGAGCUGGGAUAAGGUUGAUUGAACUCGCUCUGGAAAACUUUGAAAACAAAGAUAAAGCUCCCCUUCACACCUUUUUGACAUGGGCACAUUUGAAAGUGUCUAAGGAAAACUUAAAUAAUCCUGCUAUCAGGAUAGAGGCUCUCACGAAAGCAGAAGAGCAUUUGAAGAGUGCAAUUGGGUUCGAUCCUACAUCGAUUGGUAAUAUGUUGGCAACGAUAGAUCUGUACUAUCAAAGAGGUCAUUAUGACAGAGCAUUGGAAACAUUAGAUCUGUUCGUUAAAAAUAUCUAUGAAGAAGAUCGUAGGAACGGCAGAGCUUCAAAGCCCAACUCCUUAUUUUUAUUAUUGAGGGCUAAGCUUUUAUUUCAAAAAAAGAACUUUCAAGCAAGUCUGCGGUCCUUUCAAGAGCUAUUGGUAAUAAAUCCAGUGAUGCAACCAGAUCCAAGGAUUGGCAUUGGGCUCUGCUUUUGGCACCUCAAGGAUUACAAAAUUGCCGUAACCUCUUGGAAGAGAGCCCUUGAAUUAAACGCUGAAGACAAGAGCGCAGCUAUUCUUGUUUUAUUGGGUGACUUUCACAAUACACUUUCCUCUAGAGAUGAUCAUGGAUUCAAAGAAAGCUAUUCAAAAGCGUUGGAGGACCUCAAAAAUCUUUAUAGCACUGAUAAGGAAAACCCGGUUCUACUGGCUUUGCUACAGAGUUACUUUUACUUCACACGAAAUUUUAAAAAAGUGCUGGAAAUUUACGAAAACCGUAUCAAGCCUCUUGAAGCAACGACUACCAAGACAGUUUUGUCCGAGGCAAAAUUCUGGUGCGGUAGGGCCUACUAUUCUUUGCGAGAUUAUAGGAACGCAUUCGCAAUGUUUCAAGAGUGCUUGAAAUUAGAUGAAGAUAACUUGCUAGCAAGAUUUGGACUGGGUCAAACUCAAAUCAAAAACAAGCUAGUUGAAGAGGGUAUCCUUACUUUUGAAAAUUUGUACAAAAACUUCGAAAAUAUUCAAGAGCUGAAUUACAUGCUUGGCCUACUAUAUGCUAUCAAAAGUUUGGAUUCCCAGAAUCGAAAAGAUAUUACAAGAGGGGAGGCCUUGAAAUACAACGAGAAAGCAAUUCAGCAUUUAGAGAAAUACAUAAAGCUUACAACAUCUAAGAAGAAUCAAAUCGUUGUUCCUCGCGCUUAUUUGUUGAUUUCACAGCUUUAUGAAACUCAAAAUAAUUAUAAGCAGUCAUUGGAAACUUUAUCAAAAGCUUUGGAACAAUACAACGAAAUGGAAAAUGGCAAUAUCCCUCUUGAAGUGUUAAACAAUCUAGGGUGUUUUCAUUUCAUCACCGGUGACUUUGAGAAGGCGCAUGAAUUCAUCGAAAAGGCACAAAACCAAGCAACAGGAAGUUCGGUUAUUACCAUCGGUUAUAAUUUAGCCAGAUCGUCCGGAUUCGGAGAUAAAACAGAAUCACAAUCCGUGUAUGAUAAAAUAUUAUCGGCGCAUCCUGGUUAUAUUGAUGCACGAAUCAGAAGUCUGUUACUUAAAUAUUAUCAACAGCAAGAAGUUGGCAUAAUACAGAAAGAAGCUAAUGAAUUAUUCUCUCAAAACAAAGACAAUUUGGAAGUUCGUGCCUUUUACAGUUGGUACCUGAAACAUAAUAAGAAAAAUGCCAAGGAAAAUAACGAUAUGGAAACUGCUCAUAAUAAGGAGACAUUGGUAAAAUAUAAUUCCCAUGAUCUAUAUGCACUAAUUUCACUUGGUAAUCUGUAUUGUAUUAUUGCCAGAGCAGAAAAAAAAUCAGCAAAAGUGAAGGAACAAGAAAGCUCAAAGCAAUCGUAUUUGAAGGCAGUGCAAUUAUUUCAAAAGGUCUUGCAACUAGACGCUUUCAAUGUUUUUGCAGCCCAAGGUAUUGCCAUCGUUUUUGCUGAAACCAAAAGAAUGGGUUCUGCAUUAGAAAUUUUGAGAAAGGUCAGAGAUUCUCUUGAUAAUAUAGACGUUCAUGUAAACAUUUCGCAUUGUUUACUUGAAAUGCAUGACUACUCAAAGGCGAUAGAAAGUUACGAGUUUGCAUUGAAAAAGUAUGGCAAUAAACAUAAUGAAGCAGUUAUUCACAAUCUGCUGGGCAAAGCGUGGUAUUCCAGGGGUAUCAAAGAAAAGUCACUGGAAUUUUUCCAAAAAGCUCUGGCAAAUGUUGAGAUGGCAAUUGAAAUUACCGAACAGAAUUCAGUCCUACAAGGUAAAUUUGCUACUAGCCUGAGGUAUAAUACAGCCUUGCUGCAUUUUCAAAUCGCUGAGACUUUGAGAAGAUCCAACGUCAAGGAUCGUAAACUUGAUGAUAUUGUAAAGGCGAUGGAUGGUCUGGUAGUUGGUUUAAAUUACCUAAAAAGUUUGAAGAAUGCAGAGGAAUUUGUCAUUAUUCCAAAGGAAGAGUUGGAGCAACGUAUCCAACUUGGUGAAACGACAAUGAAAAAUGCAUUAGAACGUAGUAUUAAGGAACAAGAAGAAUACGCUCUAGAGCAAGCAAAGAAAAUGGAAGACGCACGUAGGAUUUUGGAAGAAAAUGAAGCACAAAGAAGAGAACAGUUACAAAAUGAAGAAGAAGCUUCUAGGCUAAAGCUGGAGAAACAGAAAGAGGAAUAUAGAAGACUGCAAGAUGAGGCUCAAAAACUAAUUCAAGAACGUGAAAGUAUGGCAGUCAUAGAUGAUCAAAAAAGUGACGUUAGUGAUGGCGAAUAUGGUUCCGAUAAGGAUGCAAAUAAAUCCAAGAAGAGGGGUGGCAGGAAAAGAAAAACAUCUUCUAAAGCAGCACCAGAAGGGAAGAAAAGAAGGAAGAAGAAUCGUGAGAGUAAAUCUAGCGAGCCUAGUGAGCCACAGCUGGAAGAAGAUGAAAAGACCGACGGCAAUGAUAACAAUGAUGAUGAAGACGUUGCGGUAAAUGCAGGGAGGCGUAAGGCCAGAAAGGUAGCACUUUCAGAGGAGUUUAUCGAAGAAAGUGAUGAAAACUCUGAUCACUCUGACGAUGACAAAGCAGAAAAUACGAACGAACGCCAAUCCGAUAAUGACGUUGAUGAUUUAUUCUGA